CCUCACUUCCCACCUUCUCUCCAGAUCCUCGCCCCACCUUCUCAACCGCUUUGUUGCAUCCUCGCACACUCUGGCAAGGCUUGCUCACCCACCUCUUCUUCUCCGUCCCACUUUUGAGCUCCCUCCCUGGCACCGCUGGGGAUGUGCCGUCCACCCAGCUGGCCUCUUAGGCGACGUCUCCAGUCCCCCAAAUCCUUCUAGGGGCUCUAGAACACCACGCAGGGACUUCUACGCGGAGCGGGCGCCGUGAACGCAAACCGCCGCACUCUCCGCCACCCCUUAGUUCAUUCCCUGCGGUGCCUCCACGUUUUGCCAACUUCUUGACCGGACUCCCGAGGGGUCCUUCUGGGCAGGGGCGUCCCGCGAUCCGGGUGCAAGAGCCGGGCAGGGAAUGUCCUGCGCGUGGCGCUAGGGAGUGCGCGCGGUGCCAAGCGACAACCCCCUACCCCCACCCCCAGCGGUCUCUGCCCCGGCGGCAGCAGCUGCCGCAGCGGCAACUGCUUGCAUCCCGGCCGCAGCUCGGGUUACUCCCCUCCUCCUCCAGCAUCGUGGGCCAGACGGGAAAAACCUCGUUCAAUUUUGCGACGAGUACUUAAUGGGUGCACAAGACUGGCGGUCUGGAAACGCUCUGAGACCAGCCUCUUUCCCGCGUCUGCACCUUUGAGCCUGAAGGAAGAUUCCCGAGUAACACUCUCAUCUGGGACGCUGGUGGGAGGCUGUUCGCACAGUUCGGAACAGAUUUUUGUUUUUCGGCUGGCAUUGGAUGAAAAUCGGGCAGAGAGUGUUGCGCUGCCAAUCUCGGGAUCUCGGGACCUGGGUCCUUCUCCAGGAAACAUGGUUCUUUCUUUGAAUGCACGCCUGGUCUUUGUCUGUUUAUUGUCAUGCCAUUGGAUCAGGACAGCGUUGUCUCUGAAUCUUGAAGAUCCUAAUGUGUGUAGCCACUGGGAAAGCUACUCAGUGACUGUGCAGGAGUCCUACCCGCAUCCCUUUGAUCAGAUUUACUACACUAGCUGCACUGACAUUCUGAACUGGUUUAAAUGCACACGACACAGAAUCAGUUAUCGGACAGCCUAUCGACAUGGGGAAAAAACUAUGUAUAGGCGCAAAUCCCAGUGUUGUCCUGGAUUUUAUGAAAGCAGGGAAAUGUGUGUCCCCCACUGUGCUGAUAAAUGUGUCCAUGGUCGCUGCAUUGCUCCAAACACCUGUCAGUGUGAGCCUGGCUGGGGGGGGACCAACUGCUCCAGUGCCUGUGAUGGUGAUCACUGGGGGCCCCACUGCAGCAGCCGGUGCCAGUGCAAAAACAGGGCUCUGUGCAACCCCAUCACGGGGGCUUGCCACUGCGCUGCAGGCUUCCGGGGCUGGCGCUGCGAGGACCGCUGUGAGCAGGGCACCUAUGGGAAUGACUGUCACCAGAGAUGUCAGUGCCAGAAUGGAGCCACCUGCGACCACGUCACGGGGGAAUGCCGCUGCCCGCCGGGAUACACCGGAGCCUUCUGUGAGGAUCUUUGUCCCCCUGGAAAGCAUGGUCCACAGUGUGAGCAGAGAUGCCCCUGCCAAAACGGAGGAGUUUGUCAUCAUGUCACUGGAGAAUGCUCUUGCCCUUCUGGCUGGCUGGGCACAGUGUGUGGUCAGCCUUGCCCGGAGGGUCGCUUUGGAAAGAACUGUUCACAAGAAUGUCAGUGCCAUAACGGAGGGAGGUGUGACACCGCCACCGGCCAAUGUCAUUGCAGUCCAGGAUACACAGGGGACCGGUGCCAGGAUGAGUGUCCUGUCGGCACAUAUGGAGUCCGCUGUGCUGAGACCUGCCAGUGCAUCAAUGGAGGGAAAUGUUACCAUGUGAGCGGCUCAUGCCUCUGUGAGGCAGGCUUUGCUGGCGAGCGCUGUGAGGCACGCCUGUGUCCGGAAGGGCUCUAUGGCAUCAAGUGUGACAAAAAGUGCCCCUGCUACCGGGACAACACUCGUAGCUGUCACCCUAUGUCUGGAGAGUGUGCUUGCAAGCCGGGCUGGUCGGGACUGUACUGUAAUGAGACAUGCUCUCCUGGAUUCUACGGGGAAGCUUGUCAACAGAUCUGCAGCUGCCAAAAUGGGGCUGACUGUGACAGUGUGACUGGAAAGUGCACCUGUGCCCCAGGGUUCAAAGGAAUUGACUGCUCUACCCCUUGCCCCCUGGGAACCUAUGGGAUCAACUGUUCCUCUCUCUGUGGCUGCAAGAAUGAUGCUCUCUGCUCCUCUGUGGAUGGCUCUUGUGCUUGCAGGGCAGGCUGGCACGGGGUAGACUGCUCCAUCAGCUGUCCCAGCGGCACGUGGGGCUUGGGCUGUAACUUAACGUGCCGGUGCCUCAACGGCGCCGCCUGCGACUCCCUGGACGGGGCCUGCACGUGCUCUCCCGGAUGGCGCGGCGAGAAAUGCGAGCUGCCCUGCCAGGAUGGCAUGUACGGGCUGAACUGUGUGGAGCGCUGUGACUGCAGCCACGCAGAUGGCUGCCACCCCACCACAGGCCAUUGCCGCUGCCUCCCUGGAUGGUCAGGUAUCCACUGUGACAGUGUGUGCGCUGAGGGACGCUGGGGCCCCAACUGCUCCCUGCCCUGCUACUGUAAAAAUGGGGCUUCGUGCUCCCCUGACGAUGGCAUCUGCGAGUGUGCGCCCGGCUUCCGAGGCACCACUUGUCAGAGAAUUUGCUCCCCUGGUUUUUAUGGGCAUCGUUGCAGCCAGACAUGCCCCCAGUGUGUGCACAGCAGCGGGCCCUGCCACCACAUCACAGGCCUGUGCGACUGCUUGCCCGGCUUCACAGGCGCCCUCUGCAAUGAAGUGUGUCCCAGUGGCAGAUUUGGGAAAAACUGUGCAGGAAUUUGUACCUGUACCAACAACGGAACCUGUAACCCCAUUGACAGAUCCUGUCAGUGUUACCCGGGCUGGAUCGGCAGUGACUGCUCUCAGCCCUGUCCACCCGCCCACUGGGGCCCCAACUGCAUCCACACGUGCAGCUGUCACAACGGGGCCUUCUGCAGUGCCUACGACGGGGAGUGUAAGUGCGCUCCCGGCUGGACGGGGCUCUACUGCACCCAGAGAUGUCCUUUGGGGUUUUAUGGAAAAGACUGUGCACUGAUAUGCCAGUGUCAGAACGGAGCUGACUGCGACCACAUCUCUGGGCAGUGUACCUGCCGCACGGGGUUCAUGGGCAAGCACUGUGAACAGAAGUGCCCUGCGGGGACAUAUGGCUAUGGCUGUCGCCAGAUAUGUGACUGUCUGAACAACUCCACAUGUGACCACAUCACUGGGACCUGUUACUGCAGCCCAGGAUGGAAAGGGGCACGAUGCGAUCAAGCUGGCGUGAUAAUAGUUGGAAAUCUGAACAGCUUAAGCAGAACCAGUACGGCUCUCCCUGCUGAUUCCUACCAGAUCGGGGCCAUUGCGGGCAUCAUCAUUCUUGUCCUGGUGGUUCUCUUCCUCCUGGCGUUGUUCAUUAUUUAUAGACAGAAGCAGAAGGGAAAGGAAUCGAGCAUGCCGGCCGUUACCUACACCCCUGCUAUGAGGGUCAUGAACGCAGACUAUGCCAUUGCCGAAACCCUUCCUCACAGCAGUGGUGGAAACGCUAACAGCCAUUACUUCACCAAUCCCAGUUACCACACCCUCACCCAGUGUGCCACAUCCCCCCGCAUCACCAACAGGGACAGGAUGACCAUCGCAAAGUCAAAGAACAAUCAGCUGUUUGUGAAUCUGAAAAAUGUGACUCCCGGGAAGAGAGGCCCUGUGGUGGACUGCACGGGCACACUGCCAGCGGACUGGAAACAUGGCGGCUACCUCAACGAGCUCGGUGCUUUUGGACUUGACAGAAGUUAUAUGGGGAAAUCCUUGAAAGACUUGGGAAAGAAUUCUGAAUAUAACUCAAGUAACUGCUCCUUAAGCAGUUCUGAAAACCCAUAUGCCACUAUUAAAGACCCACCUGUGCUUAUGCCCAAAAACUCGGAGUGUGGCUAUGUGGAGAUGAAGUCACCAGCGCGGAGAGAUUCCCCAUAUGCCGAGAUCAAUAACUCAACUUCAGCCAACAAGAAUGUCUAUGAAGUUGAACCCACAGUGAGUGUUGUCCAAGGAAUAUUCAACAAUAACGGGCCUCUCGCACAGGAUCCAUACGACCUCCCCAAGAACAGUCACAUCCCUUGCCAUUAUGACCUGCUGCCCGUCCGGGACGGUUCCUCCUCCCCGAAGCGGGAGGAUGGUGGUAGCAGCAGUGAAUGACACAAAGGACCACUCGGUGGCCGCUGGAGCCACUUCCAGGACCGCAGUGGGGUUCUUCUCCAUCCUCAAGCCGGCGCCUCGCGAGAAUGUUCAUCUAGUCGGUGCAGAUGGCUGCACAUGAACCAGGAAGCUCAAAGCUGAAGCUGACUGACCAUAGAUCCUUCCGUAUAGGUGGCUUGGGAGGAGGUAUCAAUGUGAUUUCCCAAUCUGCUUAGUUUUAGAACUGCACCUGUGAAGCGUGACUUAGUGUAAAGUCCCGGCUAAGAGCAUGAGCUUGCAGACCUCCUUUGGGGGCACAGGUUGCAGUGGACAUUGGUAUUAGUGCUUGAAAAAUUUAAAUUUAAAUAUUUUCUUUCUCAUUCACGUUGUAGAGCUCUACCUAGGAUUGUGCAGUUUGCCAUAAAAUUAAGUGUGAAUCAUUAAACAUGUAGAAGAAAAGGAACAUAUUAUUGAGUCCUUUUUUUUUUUUUCAGCUGGACUCCGAAUUACAACAAUAAUACAAACCCAUAAAGAAACAUUCUGUCAAGUGGCAUACCUGAAUAGACUUUGAAUAAAUUCUAGAAGUGGGUAGCAAAUUUAAUAUGAAAAUUUUAGACUCUUUUUUAGAAUGAAGAAAUAUACAACUAGGAUUAUUUUAGAAAUGCUAGAAUUACUUCAGCAAUCAACAUACAGGUAUACUAGGCUGAUGAGUCUUCUCUGUUUGACCUUUGGCCCACCUGAGAUCCAUGACAUUAUUCUGAUCACUAUUCUGAUCAUACACGUUCACUGCCUGAGAUCUGUAACAUAUCCACAAUUAUUUCAUAAGCAUAGAAAUGAAAUAAUUUUAUUUUUGGCAGACUGGAUUGAGUGAGUGUAUAAUGACUGGAAAAGAUUGUAAAUGUUAAGUGAAACAAGAUGCUUAAGUUUUGUAAACCAUUAAGUCAUACACGCUGUAAUAUAGAAUUAACAGAAAGCUUUGAUUAAUUUUUCCCCUAGAAGUGACCGAAAUAUUUUUGUGCAUAUUUGAGAAAAGGGCACUUUCCUUUUAUUAAUUUUUGGUUUAGAGAAACUAUGCUUAAGCUGGUCUUUUGCAUUGCUAAUGUGAUGUGUACCCCAUCUUUCAUUAAUUUGUAUUCCCAUUUUUAAGCUGUAUAUUCUAUGUGUUGUAGUGUUUGGAUUGUUAAUGAAAAAAAUUCUAUGUUCAUGGUUUCUUGCAUUAUUGUCACAUCUUUCUGCCUGAUAAAAGUUCGUUGUUCUUUUUUUUCUUUUGGAGGAAGAAGAUGAACAUGUAUAAAUUGAAUCUAUUAAAACUGGUCAUUACUAAAACAGACAGUAAUCAUAGGUGAAUGGCUUAUACCUGAAAUAGAGAAGCUUUCUCAUAAUGGAGUUUGUUUAGAU